AUGAGGCGACCCCUUGGAAAUGGCGAGGUGGCCAGCGAAGGUCCAGGUAGCUGGGGCCCUUGGGGUCGACAGGAACCCAGGAAGAUGGGUUGUGCCGGUCCUGACCGCUGCGGGCAGGCCUUGCUGCACAUUGGGAUGAACAUGAUGGCCCUGCCUGGAGGUCGCCACCUGGACUCCAUCCCCCAGCCUGGGCCGCGGCUGCACCUGAUGCAGGUGGAUUCGGUCCAGCGCUGGAUGGAGGACCUGAAGCUGAUGACAGAGUGCGAAUGCAUGUGUGUCCUGCAGGCGAAGCCCAUCAGCCUGGAGGAGGAUGUGCAGGGUGACCUCAUCUUGGCAGGUGGCCCCAGCCCUGGGGACCCUCUGCAGCUGCUCCUCAAGCGGGGCUGGGUCAUCAGCAUGGAGCUGCGCCGGAUCGGGCAGAAGCUGGCCCAAGACCGCUGGGCACGAGUGCACAGCAUGAGUGUGCGCCUCACCUGCCAUGCGCGCUCCAUGGUCAGCGAGUACAAGGCUGUCAGCAGGAGCUCAUCGCGGGAGAUGGGCCAGAUUGAGAAGUUACUAAUGGAGAAAUGUUCAGAGCUGUCUGCGGUCACAGAGAGGUGCCUCCAGGUGGAGAACGAGCAUGUCCUGAAGUCCAUGAAGGCCUGCGUGAGUGAGACCUUGAGCACACUGGGCCAGCAUUUUGGCCAGCUGCUGGAGCUGGCCCUGACCAGGGAGGUGCAGGCCCUGGUAAAGAAAAUCGAUGCUUCGGACAAUCUCUACACCACCGAGUCCACCACGGUGAACCUCUUCAGCCUGACACAGGAGGGGGCGCCCUUGUGCCGAAUAAUAGCCAAGGAGGGGGGUGUCGUUGCACUCUUCAAGGUUUGCCGGCAGGACAGUUUCCGGUGCCUGUACCCCCAGGCCCUCCGCACACUGGCCUCCAUCUGCUGUGUGGAAGAGGGUGUUCACCAGCUGGAGAAGGUGGAUGGUGUUCUGUGCUUGGCCGACAUCCUGACCGACAACAGCCACUCAGAGGCCACUCGGGCUGAGGCUGCAGCUGUGGUUGCCCAGGUGACCUCUCCACACCUGCCCUUCACACAGCAUCUCAGCAGCUUUCUGGAAAGCAUGGAGGAGAUCGUGACAGCCCUCAUCAAACUGUGCCAAGAGGCCUCGUCUGGGGAAGUCUUCCUGCUGGCCUCGGCAGCCCUUGCCAACAUCACCUUCUUUGACACCAUGGCCUGUGAGAUGCUCCUGCAACUGAAUGCCAUCCGAGUCCUCUUGGAAGCCUGCAGCGACAAGCAGAGAGUGGACACGCCGUAUACCCGGGACCAGAUUGUGACCAUCUUGGCAAACAUGUCUGUCCUGGAGCAGUGCGCCUCUGACAUCAUUCAGGAGAAUGGGGUCCAGCUUAUCCUGGGCAUGCUGUCUGAGAAGCCAAGGUCUGGAAACCCCGCUGAGGUGGCAGCCUGUGAGCGAGUCCAGCAGAAGGCAGCAGUGACCUUGGCCCGUCUCAGCAGAGACACAGAUGUGGCGCACGAGGCUGUACGGCUCAGCUGUAUGUCCCGCCUCAUCGAGCUCUGCAGGUCCCCGUCAGAAAGGAACAGCAGUGACCCCGUGCUGGUGGCCUGCCUGGCUGCGCUGCGCAGACUGGCCAGUGUCUGCCCCGAGGGCCUCCAGGAUGCGGACUUGCAGCAGCUGGUGCAGCCCCGGCUCGUGGACUCCUUCUUACUCUGCAGCAACAUGGAGGAGAGCUUCGUGUAGGGAGAUGAGGCGCAUCCGGCAGCCCAGGAAUCACGCCUCCUCCCAGGAGACCCCUGUAAAGCGGCUCUCACCUUUUAAUUUAUAUUUAAUUUAUUUUCACAUGGGAUGGCAGAGGGCCAAGUAGUAUAGAAACAUCGUCGGUCUGCUGUCCUUGGGAGUUGGGUAUGUGCUUGCUGCUGGACUUCUGUGGCUCUUUCGCAGCAGACGUUGAAUGGCAUCAUGGCUAAUCUGACGGGCUGUCAGGGGCGAGCGACCUUCAUGCGGCUUUCUCCACUCCUACUGUAUCUUGCCUCCUUUUUGUACUUUGAAACCACAGUGUGUUUUCACUGCCUUUCUCUCUCAUUUUGUAAAAGUUGGGUUUUCUCUUUUUUUCUCUCUCAAAGGUCUUAUGCUUAAAAAGAAUUUCCUAGUGGGGCAGAAUCUAUUGGAGGGAAAGAAGUUUUCUUUCUUACAUGAAGUUGUACAAACCGUGUCUUGAAUCUUUUCAAAAUUCAAUUCUGCCUUAGAUGAUAUUCUUGCUUUCCAAUGUAAUAUGGCACAAAACUUCUCUCUUAAAACAAAAUAGAGCUGGCUCGUUUCCCUGGGU